GUAAGUUCAAAACUGAAAACAUUGAACGUGUUGCAGAACUGAACUACACCCGAUCCCCCUGUUUUUGAAUAUAUCGGUGAAAAAUUUUAAUACCCUGUAGUUCCGAUUAGAGAAUGGAACCUAAACGGGUUUUAGCUGAAGUGACCAAUAAAACCCUGGAGAAUGCUAAGGAGCCAGUGAAAGACACUCCAAAAGAACAGGCAAAACAAGAAAGAUCAAAAUGGUCACUUGAUAGUUUUGAUAUUGGAAAACCACUUGGAAAAGGAAAGUUUGGCACGGUGUAUCUUGCAAGAGAAAAGGCUACAAAGUUUAUCAUUGCUCUAAAGGUUUUAUUCAAGUCACAAUUACAGAAAGCUGGUGUGGAACAUCAACUUCGCAGAGAAAUUGAAAUUCAAUCUCAUUUAAGACACCCCAAUAUAUUACGUCUAUACGGUUACUUCCACGACAAGUCCAGAGUUUACCUGAUCCUGGAAUACGCUCCAAAGGGGGAGCUGUACAAAGAAUUACAGAAGCAAGGACGAUUCGAUGAAAAAAGGGCAGCUACUCACAUGUUGCAAAUGUUCAAAGCCAUGUCAUACUGUCAUGAGAAAAAGGUCAUCCACAGAGAUAUCAAGCCAGAGAACUUGUUAAUGGGACUGACAGGAGAACUCAAGAUAGCCGACUUCGGUUGGUCUGUCCACGCCCCCUCAUCAAGGCGUACAACACUGUGUGGUACCCUGGACUACCUCCCCCCUGAAAUGAUUGAGGGACAGCUCCAUGAUGAGAGAGUGGACCACUGGAGUCUGGGAAUUCUCAUGUACGAGUUCUUAGUGGGAAAGCCCCCCUUUGAAGCCGAGACCAACACAGAAACCUACAGAAGAAUAACAAAGGUUGACCUGCAUUUCCCUCCCUUUGUCUCACAAGGGGCCAGGGAUUUAAUAUCAAAGUUGCUCCGUCACAAUCCCAAACACAGAAUCGACUUAAAAGAUGCCAUGGAACACCCCUGGAUCAAAGAAAACAGUCACAUCCUCCCCACGGGGAGAUCAGAGAGCAAAUCCUCCACCUCCUCUACAUCCUGAGGGGUGUGGUUGUCUCUGGGGGUCUGCAAUAUUCCUGUGUGAUCUUUCUAUAACUGGUGGCUCAGUUGAAAACUGGACCAAGAACUUUGACACCUCAAUAUUCAGGAUUUCUCUAUAGGAUUAUCUCAGUGCUCACCUUUCAUACUUCAUGAUUUUAUGGCCAAAAAAAAAAAUCAAUAGAGUGCUGUCUUGUCAUUCAAAAUCUUUGUACUUUGUAAAAAUUUUGUGAUUGUUUAGAGUAAAUGAUCAUAAAAUUUAAGCAACCUGUUGAUAGUGUAUGACAGAAAUGUUAAAUUUUGUACCUUCAUGUUCAUGAUAUUACAUGUAGAUGGAUGCUUUUUUAAGAUACCUUUUUUUCUGAUGAAUACUGUAUACAGGGAAAUUUUCGUCCCCGUUUUAUUU